UCAACGCCUUUGAUAUCGCGCGAUUACAGUUUCCAAUCGCCUGAAAAUGCCAUCCAUCGCCUCAAACACUCCGUCGCUUCUCGCCGGGGACUUGCAAUCUAAAGAUACCGAUGAUAUCGCUGACGCGGUUCUGAAUCAUUCAAGUCCACUCAAACGAAGACUCCGGUCAGAUUCGUCGGGGAUGAAAAAUCUGAACCCGUGCACUCCGACAAAGUGGAAAUCUCCACGUCGAUGCGUCGCCGAUAGUCCGAAUAGCCCUGCAAAUGCUUCUCCGAGAAUUGAGAACGUGUCAGGUUGUAAGAUCGUCAAAUCGAAGAAAUCGCUAGUGAAAAAAAUGUCUGAUGUCAGCGUAGAUGAACAAAAAUGGAAUCCGAAAGAUCCGGAGCAGAUGAGUGCUUUGAAGGAAACACUGCAUGUGUCAAAGGCUCCUACCACGAUUGUGUGUAGGGAACAAGAGCAAACUAGGAUUAUUGAUUUCUGCAAGAUAUGCAUAGAGGAUGAAAAGGCUGGAAGUUUGUAUGUAUGUGGAUGCCCAGGCACUGGUAAAUCAUGGUCAAUGGAAAGGGUUCUAGAAUCUGUAAUUGAUUGGCGUAAUCAAGAAGGACUUGUAUCACCUGAUGUGUUAACUAUAAGCUGUACUACUCUAACAAGCACUAAUGAGAUUUUCAGCAAGAUUCUUGAUAAAGUUCAACCGCAAAGGAAAACUAAGAGUGCCGUUUCACCUCUCCAGCAUCUUCAGAGCUUGUAUAGCCAGAAGCAGUCUACUAUUGGCAUGAAGUCGUUAGUGAUUGUUGCUGAUGAGUUGGACUAUUUAAUUACAAAAGAUCGAGCAGUGCUUCAUGAUCUCUUUAUGCUCACAACAUACCCAUUUUCAAAAUGCAUAUUGAUAGGAGUAGCCAAUGCCAUUGAUUUAGCUGAUAGGUUUCUCCCAAGACUGCAGUCAUUAAAUUGCAAGCCAUUGGUGAUAACUUUCCGAGCCUACUCUAAGGAUCAGAUUCUCAAGAUUCUCCAGCAGAGGCUAAUGGAACUUCCAUACAAUACCUUUCAACCACAAGCCUUAGAACUAUGUGCUAGAAAAGUUGCAUCUGCAUCUGGAGAUAUGAGAAGAGCCUUGUGCAUUUGCAGGACUGCAAUUGAGAUACUGGAAGCUGAGUUGACUGAAUCCAAUCCAACCCUUGAUAUGGAAUCGGGAGAGAAUGUUUGUCCAAAUCAAUUGACUGCUCCGGCUCUCCCAACUACUAGUCUUGUAAGAGUUGAUCAUAUGGCUGUUGCGUUGUCAAAAGCAUUCAAAUCACCAGUAGUGGAUAUUAUACAGUCACUUCCACAACAUCAACAGAUUGUGCUUUGUUCUGCUGUAAAACUUUUCCGGAAGGGAAAGAAGGAAACAACUCUAGGGGAGGUGAUAAAAUCUUACAUGGAGAUAUGCAAAUUGAUACGCAUCCCAGCAGUGGGACUUACAGAUUUGUCAAGCAUGUGCAGAAUAUUAGGUGACCAGGGGCUUCUUAAACUUGGGCAAUCACGAGAAGAAAGAUUGAGAAAAGUAUCACUAAAAGUGGAUGAAGCAGAUGUUACAUUUGCCCUUCAGGGUAUCCGACUCUUCAGAAGCUGUCUCCAGUUGUAACAAACACAAAUACAAUAUGUAAUGAGUUUU